AUGCCAGACUUUACUUCAGAGAGCACUACCAUUUCCAAAACGGGCUUCAAGAAGGCAGUGGCUAAAACUCAAAAUGAGGCAGGCAAAAAGCGCAAGAAAAGCCGCAAAGGCAACUAUUCUAUUUACAUCUACAAGGUGCUGAAGCAGGUUCACCCCCACACUGAAAUCUCUUCCAAGGCUAUCAGUAUUAUGAAUUCUUUUGUUACUGACAAUUUUGAGCGCAUUGCCAACGAGGCUUCCCGCCUGGCGCAUUAUGACAAGUGCUCAACCAUCACCUCCAGGGAGAUCCAGAUGGCCGUGCGCCUGCUGCUGCCCGGGUAA